ACACGCUUAAUCAAGUUGACCAAACACUACGUUGAACAAUUGCUAAUGCUGUUGGCAUAUUCACCCUUCAAGUAAUGUAAUUCGUUGUUUUAUCUUUUUAAAAAUGAAAAUGUGUUGUUUUAUGGUGACAUGUGGCUUGCUUAAUACCCGAGUGCAUAUUUUACAUGCGUGUGGGUGUUUGUGUGGGUGUUUGUGUGGGUGUUUGUGUGACUAUAACUUGAUGAUUCCAGCUUCUCUACAAAAAAUAUUCAUGCAGGGUCGCUGUUCCAGCAAGCUCGCUAACAGUUCACUUGAGGGCCUUGAGACUUGAGAGUCAAAUAAAUACCCACAACUGAUAUUUUCUGACAAUGCCACCUACGAUACAUACUUUGCACAUUCCUUUUUGUACGCACAUGCACGGUAUCUUUCUUUGUCAGUGGUCCACAAAAUGGUGGAAUAUGAUGUGAUGAUGUAUUGGUAUUGUUGAUCGUUUAUGGUGAUAUGAACUGUGCAAAAGGUGUCCUAGUUGACAACAUAUAUUGGGUAUUAAUUCGUAGAAUAUAAAACUUGGAGUCCUUAACUGACCUGGCUUGCAGACAGCAUUCUUUCUUUAGCCUUCAGGCCUCUGCUUCAUUGCAUGACAUAAAAGUCAUUUAAACAUCCCAUAAUCUCCAAGCUGUAUUGGUUCGAAUAAACGUCUGUUCACCGAACAGCAGUGAAUUUCAGCCAAUUUCUGCGUAAAAUAACAAAUGCUGGUGGCCGAAAUUUUUAAUUCUGCAUACUUGUCAUAGAAAACGGAUAUGUUGUUUUUUUUUACUGAGCUUUUUGCCGCAUUACCAUGAGGGUCAGAGAGGGCAUUCGUUAUGCUGUGUGCAAGUCAGGCGAGGUUACCAUUUUUUUUUACAAUGGCGGAAUCGUAUUCUUAGAUUAUUAUUUUUUCCUGCAACCGAGUUUCACUUUGCAAACGAUUUGCAAGUAAUUAUUAUGAGAGAAAAGUUGUUUUUAGAAGUCCGUAGAGGAAGAAAUUGCAGCACUAUCUGAAGAUCCAACGACCCAGAUUCUGUGACGCUUAUUGUCACAAGUCUAACGUUUAUUCGAACAAAUAUGAAUGGGGCUUUAUUGAUGGAAGCGAACAUUCAAACCCCAGAAGAGACUUCAAAGCCAGAGGAGGAAUCGCAAGGAUGCAACCAUACAUGGAUGAAGACCUGAAUCAUGAAGUCCUUUCUGCUCACACCACCACUACAUCUUCCAAUAGGCCUUGGGCAGAAAACAUAGCACCUACAUUCACACAGUCACUGAAAUUCGUUUCAGUAAAAGAAGGUCAGCCUGCUGCUUUCCACUGCAGAAUUCUUGCAAACCCCACUCCCAGCAUAACGUGGUAUCUUAAUAACAGGCCCCUUCAGAAAAAUGCCCGAUACAAGGUUACAAUUAAAAGCCAAAUGCACGAUAAUGUCUCCUCCCUGGAGAUCGAAGCUGUUCGGCAGCAGGAUUCUGGAAGCUACAAAGUGUUUGCUAUCAAUUCGGAAGGGUCAGCCGAGUCCAUCGCUUCUCUGAUUAUUGCAAUGCAUGAUCAGCACAAUGUGAAUUACCUGGCCCUUUUGAGGAGGGGGCGUAGGACCCGUCCUGGUGAUUCGGCAUUAGAGCAGAAGCAGGCAGACCUUGGCAGGUUGGAACUGCGGCAUGUCGGGUCUCCUUACCAAAAUAAACAUUUUGACAUCUUUCCUCGAGCGUUGUUCUCAGAGCGGCUGAUAACUGGAAAGGUGAUCGUUAUCAAGAAAUCUGCACUUCCGCAAAAGAAGAAAAUUCCACCCAGAGUGGCUCUUCUGCCCUUCAGCCCUGCUGCAUCAAAGUUGCCAGAGGCAGCCCCUGUCAAAACAGUGAAGAAGGAGAGGAGACUCGUUGCUCAAACGUCUCUUGACAAAGAAAUUGAACGCAAGCUUCAGCUCCUACGGGAAGCUAAGAAGAGAGUUUUGGAGAAAAGGAGAGCAGAAAGAGAAGGCCUGCCUUUACCCGAGGCCUCGUCUUCAGAGACCGGUCGACUGGAAACCCUGGAUGAUGAUGAACAAUCAUCUUCUCAGUAUAAAAUGGUCACUUACAUACGUGGUAAACCUAAGCAGGCAGUGCCAGGUGCUGAGGGCUAUACACACGUAACAGUUGCAGAGAAAACAAAGGCUUUUCAAGUGAGGAUGGAGAAGAUCCUUGGGUUACAUACGGACGAAGUGCAAAUAAAACCACUUGAAGAAAAAGAACCCAUGGUUAUCCAUUCGUUUGAAAGAAUCAAAACUCUUCGAGAUAAAUUCAUGAAACAAGCUGAACACAAGCAAGCUCAUGUGCCCUCGGAACCACCACCACAGCGUAUGAAGAUCAAGGAAAUGUUCGAGACUUCCUCGAAAAUCAGCAACAAGCCACCUUUAAAACAAAAGCCCUGGCAAGAAGAACUCCUGUCUCAAUUGCCGUCUGCUGAAAUGCCAUCAUUUUCAAAGAAUAGUUUAACAUCAGAAAUACAUUUUGAACCAUUUGGAGAAUCUAUUGCUCAACAGCAGAAAUGCAAAGGUGGGAUUAGGUCAGAGCCUGCUAGGGGUGCCCUUGAGAAUAAAGAUAUUCAGAGAGCAGAUGCUUCUAGUCACGGUGACGACAUAAUUAAGACGGUUUCGGAAAUACAGACCAGAACCCUCCCACGGGGCUCUGUAUUUGACACGUUGCCUGAGUCUAGCGUUGCCACCACGAAACCUCCUCUUACUUCUGAGAAGAAGGUAUCGAUUAAGCUUUCGGGUGAUCUGAAAGGGAGAGAAGCUACUGCAGAAACGCCUCCUCCGAAGCACCAUGCCUUGCAGGAAGGCACAAAGCAGAAACCCACGGUGACCAUGGUAAAGAAAGAACAUCAAUAUCAAAUUCCACCCAUGAUAUGCUUAUCCGAAGAGUCUGACCCAGAGAUCGCCGAUAUAAUGGGCUCGUUCUCAAUGCAGUAUUUGCCCCGUGAGAGUCGCUCUCAGACACACUCCAGCGGGCUCUCUCUGCCAGUGGAGAUCAUGGUGACCGCACCUACUCCCACCAUAGAAAGAGAUGCCGAAGAAAACGAAGAGGAGGAGGAGGAGGAGGAAGAGGAGGAGGAGGAAGUCAGGGAGCGUUUCCAUUCGACAGAGUUUACGUCAUCAGACUCGGAAGGCGUCUCGCCGACAAAAAUGAAGCACAAGUUUAAAUUCAAGUUUGGGGAAAUGCACGAGGCUCCUCAAAUCAUCAAAGCGACCGAGGACAUGUUUUGCAUUGAAGGCGACGAUGCCAUGUUCGAAUGCUUAGUAUUUGGCGACCCAGAGCCAUCGGUGACAUGGGCUAAAGAUAUGCUGUUUUUGUGCAUAGAUGGGGAGAAGUACGAUGUUCAUGAAGGCGGGGGUCGAUAUCAGCUGGUUAUCUACUCUGUCACGAGCAGCGAUGCUGGGGAUUAUAGCUGCGUGGCUAAAAACGUCGUGGGAGAAGUUGAGUGUUGCUCCGCUCUGUUUAUCGAAAUGCCCUUCACGGAGGAUUCAGAAAAUCAGAAACUACAUACAUCAUCAGUUUCUUACUCGGGGACCAGACACAGUCAGAGCGUAGGAAGCGCGCAGCAGUACGGCGGUACAACAUCAGAAAUAAAGUUAAAGGAUGUGGACGAGCAGUUCUUUACAAGUGAUGAGGAUAUGUAUGAGUCGACGGAAAGUGCAAAAAUUCUACGCAGGCUGAAGGAGAAUUUUCAGUCUCGAUUCGAUCAAACGGGACAAGAACAGUCCCCAGUUAUACCAAACGUUAGCAUGAUACGCUUUGAGAAGCAAUCCGAGGCAGUGAACGUCCAGCCUAAGUUUCCACCAACUACUGUUAUGCAGGCCGAUCGUUCCAGGGGUCGUGGCAGGGAGUACAUGUUCAGAACCAGAGUCGAUUCUCCGUACGUGUAUGAAAGUGGGGGGGAAACGGACGACAGCGCCAUUCUGGAUGAACGCUCACUGGAGGGGUACAGGCCAUACACUGAGGGGGAUUACACCGAGGCAGAGGUGCUGCUGCAGGGAAGAGAGCAAAGGUUUGGCGCAGACGUGCCUUCGUCACAUUACGGUGCAGGGCAAGUUGGUGUCACGUUGGUACCUGGAGAAAGUUCCAAACUAUCUGAGGAGGAAGUAAGUGGCCCUGCCGUUCCAACCCAGCUGCUGGAAUCCGUAGUGGAGGGGAGAGAGGUGGAAAUGAUUGAGGUCUCAGAUACAAAAAAAUAUGAUAGUGUUGGAAAAAUUGAAAAACUGCGUGCAGAUGACAGCUGUAGAAUUCAAGAUGUAAAACAAGUAAGCCCACGGAUUGUUUCGGAAAACAUUAUCGAUGCCCGCGGCACAGAAAAAUCAGAGAUUAUACCAGUAACCACAGAGAUAGCAACGCCGCCUCAAAUUCAGUGCACAGUACCAAAUGUUUUGUCAGUGGGGAUCAAGGGUCCUCCUGAAGAUAAGCCCACAUACUUACAAGGCAUAUUAAAAGAAACGUAUAGCGCUGAUUUUAAGGAUCGUCAGGAGUGGGAACCGGUUAAAGCACAACUUAAAGUCAUAAGUCAGGGAAACAAACCAGUGAUCAGCAAGCCACGUGUUGGUUACAGUAGGGCUGUCAUACAGGACGAACUCUGGCCUAGUGCAGUUGAUAAACAAGCUCAAGGAACCACAGCAGAGUCCUUUGUGACAGCAGGUAGCGGUGUUCUUGAACGUCAAAUGGAUCCAGCAUUUUUUGUGGAAGCCGAGUCGUCUGGUAUUGCUAAAGACGGUGAGCAUGUUUAUUCUCCAAGCUGUAGUGUUCCGUAUGAAGGUCUUUCAAAAGACAGUCUGAGCAGCUCAUAUUUAGAAACAGAACAUGUUGAUAUUGUCAGCACUGUGGAUAUGGCUGUCAUACAUGAUGAUAAAUUGCCACAAUCUGAACAGGUGGAAUAUGAGUAUAUUCCAGAAACGAGACCAGACGGGUGGGAAAGGAAGCCUAGUGGCCCUGAAGAAAAUAUUCCAAAAGAAAUGUUGUAUUCACCAGGUAAAGAAACUAGCAAAAUUGUAGCCGAUAUGGCAGGCGUGUCUGUAACAGAGCCAUUAGAACAGCAUGCACCUACUAAAACUGGACAUCUUGAAGAUUUUGCUGAAGGAAAUAAAAGUUCUCCUACUGAGUCCUCAAGGUCUCCACUUCGAAGCGAAAAGGAUACUGAACAGCAGCCCACAGUUUCAGUUGUUCAGGAUAGUGAUGCUUCAAGUGAACCAGAGAGCUAUAUUGUAAAGUCUGGAGACAAAUCACAGUUUAUUGACCAGGCCCUUGUUGGUCAAGAUGUAUAUCGCUGGAGCCCAGUUCAGGCCCUUCAGAAACCGAAACCCUCAAGUGCUGUGCUGGAGAUAAAAGGCCCCAGUUAUGUUGUGGAUAUGCAGCAAGGUGUAAGUGAAAAAGGGGAAAAGAAGGUGAUAGAAAGUCAGCAGGAAGUAGUUAAAGCCAUUGAUGGCGAUUACAUAGAUCAUGAGAAGGUGGAUAAGAGCAAAAUAAUUGUAAGUGAAGAGAUGGAGAAGGUUUCAGCUAUAGAAACAAGUGCACAAGAUGAAGGCAUGAUUAAGGCGGUGUCUGAUAAAGCUGAUGAAUAUCUAGGGAAGCCCACAGAGAAGCAUGUGCUGAUGGAGAUUGGUUUGCAUGAGGCUUCACUUGAUGAGAAUAUCCAGAUGGAAUCCAGGAUCGUUGAUGAUACUGAUAAGGAAUUUGACGCCAGAGUAUUGACAACUGUUAAGGAUAUAAUCCACGACGUACCAGUGCACGAUAGACACAUAGUAGAUGUCCCAUUCGAAUCUAGUUGCAGAGAUGAUCAUAAACAACUCGUGGAGGCAGAAAGGAUGAGUGCAUUUUCAGAAGAUAGACAGAUGGAGUUAGUAGACACUCUGGGCACAACAGCACCUGUAAUCACACACGAGGAGCAUGUGGAAACAUUUACACAGAUACAAUCAGAUGCACAGAUUCCACUAACUUUGCCUGGCACUGACGCCUUUGAGGAAGAUAAGGUUGUCCGUGGUAUCGUUGCCGAAGAAAGCGCUGUGCCAGCGUCAGAAAGUAAAUGUGAACCCGUAAGUGCAGACGUGGGCGUGAUGGAGAGUGAACAUGCUGCAGUAAAGCAUGUGCAGCAUGGAGGUGUUAAGGUCGGAGACAGGGACAAGACAGUGGCAAGGGUUGAACAUGAAGGCACAGCAGCAUUUGCUGAUGAUGUGAAGAGAAGGUUACUUGAUUCAACUGGAGACUACAGACUUAUGGAAACCAUUCACAGUGUAGAUAUGUCUCGAGGUGUAAUUGCGUCCAGCCAGUCGUCUGCGCAGGCACAGCAACAGUCAGAAAAAAGUGAUGUUCGUAAAGCCGAACAACUGAUAGAACAGACUGCUGUGUCCAUGCCAGUUGGUGAUGAGUGUAGCAGAGUGGAGCCCAUGGGAAAGGAAGUUAUGGGAGACGUUGCUCAGCAAUUACCUGACACGCACACAGAAGCUCCACUGCUUAUUGAUACGUAUCCAGGUAGCAUUGAUAAGCAAGAUGAAGGUGUUUCUGUUGUACUUAAAGGCGAGAAAGAACAUGGGACAGAUGGAGUUACCGCUAAAGAAUUCAGACAAGUGAUUGAAGGGGAUCGUACUGAUGAUCACCCUGUGGCUUGCUGUUUCACUUCUGGAAUUAUUGAGACUAUUGAGGGCAUUUCUAUAUCAGAGCCAGAGGGCACAUUCUCAAAUGCAGAUUUUUCAAUGGCUGUUCUGAACACAGUGACCGAUAGAGAACAUGGUGAGUCACAGAUUAAAGCAAUUUCUCCUGAAAAUAUUCACGUGAGUGGGGAAAUAUUAUCGCAUUCCGAUUCUGAUUUACCUCUCGAGAAGCAGUAUAGCGCUGUUACAGAGCUACGUGCAGAAAUAACCACUGAGGGAGAGGUGGGAUCGUCAUUCAGAGACUCAGCGGGCCUGCAUGCGGAAGAGAAUAAACCACGCGAUGAAUCAGAGAAGCAGGAUAGUGAAGGUCAAUGGGUUGUAGAGAACAUCAGCGAGCAAGUUGCAGACAGGUCUUUUUCAGCGAUGACGGGACAUCGUGGAGUGGAGAUAAAACUGGAAAGAGGCCAACCCCUAGCAGCAGAUAUUACAGAUUCCCAAAAACAUGUAAUUUUAGAAAUGGGUCCGCACGCCGCGUCUGAUGUAAUGGGCACUGUGGGAGAGCACAUUAUUACGGAAGGUGAUAAACUCAUGCAGGAAAGUUACUUGCCUUCACAGCAGGAGGAGAACAUUGAGGUUGUUAUUCCAGUUUCAAGAACAAAAGCCACAUCAGAGGUGGAUGAGAUAAAACAAGCAGGUGAUGAAGAUUCCCACGUUAUAUAUGGGCCUGUUACACAGCGAGAAGAUGGCAUGACAUUUGCAGAGUCUCUUCCCACUAAGGCUGUCGAAUUGGAGAGCAAAGAGACAGAAUUUUCAUUGCAGCAAGACAAUUCUGUUGUGUUCACCACACGGGGCGAAACUCAAGCCAGACGCAGCAGUCCCCAGCCGCUUAUCCGUUAUGAAACGGAAAAUGUUUUUUCCAUUGAGGAAUUGGCAUUGGCCGAUGAAUUGCAGUUUGGCGGUGACGGUGCCUAUCGAGGUUCUGAAGAUACAGGAUUCUCAGCAAGUGAGACGACGUGUGAGAUAUCAGAGGAACAGACGGAAAAAGAGAAAGAGUUUUCGCUGAGCGACUACCUGCGUUCAACUGAGGAGCAGCAGGCAGAAAGCAUCCCAAAAGGAUCAAAUGAACUGGUCGAUACAAAAUCCGAGACCACGUUUGCCGAACCGAUCAUUACCUCUUGUGAGGUUGAAGAUGUAACAUUCGGGGCACUGUAUGAUUAUUACCAGCAGUCGUAUGAGGCAAAGCGCCCAUUAUCUCCCGAAUCGGAAAUGUCGAUCGGGAUGAUGAGCAUAAGUACUGAGGAUGUGUCCGAAAUCGAGGGCUAUUUCACUCCAAUAACUUCUCCAGAUGGCUACAAAACCCCCCCAGAGUCAAUGACCACACCGUCAGAGCAAUACCACACCCCCCCACCUUUCUUACCCACCGAUCGUCUGUACACUCCCCCAAAGAGCUUCAGGAGCUCCGGGGAGAGCUCAGCAGACGAGGGACAUGGCCCGGCUGCUCUCAAACUCACUCUGCAACAAAUACGGGAAGACCAGGAAAACAGAAACUCGCAGUCACUCUGGCAGGCUGAAUCAAGCGUGGACAACAAAGUAAGCGAAACGCCUCCAGCGUUCGUUAAACCGCUCACGGGCAAGAAAGUGUAUGAAAAUGGAACCUUAAUCUUCGUUUGCGAGGUCGUGGGGAAGCCACCUCCAGAAGUUCUGUGGAUGAAAGAUCGACGCUUGAUUCAGCCUCUGUCGAAUGUGGUCAUGGAGCAAGAGGGCUGUCAUUACAUCCUGCAGAUUAAGGAUGUCAAACCGACGGAUGCGGGAGUGUACAUGUGUGAAGCCACAAAUUGCAUUGGCGAAGCAAAGAGCUUGGCCAAUGUGGAGGUGCUCCCAGUGUUCGACAGGAACAUCGCCACGUCGCCUGUGACUCAGCAUCACUUUAUUGAGUUUGAUGUUGACCAGGAUGAUCUGUCGCGAUCUCCAUCCCCACAGGAAAUUCUCCUGGAGGUUGAGCUGGAUGACAAUGAUGGCAGUGACUUUGAACAAGUCAAAAUCAUAACUAUUCCUGAAUAUGCGGAGGACAACAAGAGCAUGGUUAUCUCACUGGAUGUUUUCCCAAUUAUUUUGGGGGUACAAAACGUGGACUUAGCAAGUCGGGAAAUUGAACAAGUUAACAUUGACGUCGGGCCAUCUGAGUCUCCGCCACGAUUUGAGGGCCGCAUCGCAGACGUAACGGCCCCUCUCGGCGCCAAGGCUGUCUUUGCCAGCCGCAUAAUAGCUGCGCCUGCUGCCAGCGUUGCCUGGUACAAAGACGACGUGAAAAUUUCAAGCACGGAUGGGCAUUAUUUGAUCGCAAAUAAGUCUGGAUACGUUUCUCUGGAAAUAAAACAUGUUUCUUUGUUAGAUAGGGGAAUGUAUCUCUGCAAAGCGGUUAAUGGCGCUGGUGAGAGCAGCUGCAGAGCCACUCUGAGCAUUUCACAAGGAUCUGCAGAUUAUGGUGAUAGAGGAGAGUCGGCGUUAGAUCAGACGGCCACUUCUCAAGAGCUUGAUUUCUUUGUGGCGGACAAGGGGGGGAAUCAAAUGUCAGAGAUAGAGCUGGAAUUUGAGUUUGAGAGUGGCUCCCAAAUGCCAGAGCAGUGCUUGAAGCUGAUCACUGCCACCCAACAAGCAACUGGCAGGGGCGGAGAGCAGUGCGUGAACGUCAACUUUGAUGUGUACGCAGAGGCGUCGCAGGAAAGUGACAUUCACUUUCAAUCUAUCGCACCUGAGGGAUGCUCUUUUGAAUUUUUAAUCACCGAAGCACCGCCAAAGUUCACCCAGCCUCUCGGCACAAAGCGCACUGCGCCUGGAUGCGACGUGUCACUUGAAUGUCAAGUCAUAGGUGAACCAGCCCCAGAUAUAGCGUGGUUUAGGAACGACGUGGAAUUGCGGGGAGGUCAGUUUGAUGUGCGAUCAAUGGGAAAGAGACAAAUCCUCACGGUGAAAAAUGUGUCGAAAUGCGACGAAGGCUCGUACAAAUGUACCGCAUCAAACAGCUCAGGAGUUGCACAGACGGAAGCAACUCUCUCCAUUGGCUAAGGGUGCACACGCUCAGGGAUGCUGUCGCUAUUCUCCUGCUUUUAGAGCCACUUUUGUAUAAUGGAGUUAGAUGUUUAGUGGUUGCGCUCGGUGCUUUGUGAAAUUAAUGUUUGUUUUAGAACCAUUAUGUAUAAUGUUUAGCUCGUUCUGGUUGCUUUAUUCCAUGCACUGGAAAUGUUAUUGAGGUGGUAGAUAUACAUUAUAGUCAUUGUAUUAUCGUGUAUUGAUUGAUAGUUUCAUUUAUAUUGCAAGUUGCUUUGUUGGAAGUGUUGUGAUCUGAGAAAAAGAGCCAUUUAUUAAUUUAAAUAAUAUAUAUAUAUACAUCACUUGAUAGUCAUGGGAAUAAUUGCAUAAUAUUUACUCACAUUUGGACCCGUUUGCUGCAAAUGAGAUAGGAUUGAGUGGUAUAAUUAAUUAUGGAAAGCCCUCUCGUGAGUUUCAUGAACUGCAUUUGGAUAGUAGAGCGUUAACGAUGUAUCCAUUGAUGUCGAUUCCAAUUAUUAAGUACAUGAUACCUGCAUUUCAUUGCAUGUGUAAAGAAUCACUCUUUUUAUAUUAAUAUUUAAUGAGUUAUCAUAACACCUACCACCACCAGAGGUUCUACCAUUCACUGCGAUAAAAAAAGGAUCAAUGCUUGAAAUGAAUUGUGAUCCUAAAUUGUGACAUUUCAUUAAAUUUCUAAGGUUGGGUGGGGUGAAUUAUUACAGCCCGAGUGAAUAAUGCAAGCAAUUGAUAAUUUCUUGGACAUUAUUGGUUAUAUAUAUAUAUGUACUUGCAAUGAUAUGCAGGGGCUCUGUAGAUGAUUAUUACGGCUUUAAAAAUAAAUACGUCAUCUAUUUCUGUGGCAUCGCUGUUGCGAAGUAUUUGUCUCAUAGCAGGAAUAUUAUCAUGUAGUAAUGGUUAAGUAUUAAUUCUAGAUUUGAAGUUUUCGUGACUGCAAGGAUUCAUACUCUUUGGUUUUUUCGGUAAAGUCACGUAGGUAAAAAUAAAUAAAUUAAAAAAGCAACUAAAUUAA